UUCUCCUCUGGGUUGCAGCUUCUCACUGACCUGCAGACCUGCCUGCCUGUGGCCAAGGGAAGGAAGAGGCAAAUUCCGGAAAUCCCAGCAGAUCCAACACUCUUGUGUUCUCAAGGCAACAAAAGAGCAGGAAACUACCUCGCAUCAGCACAGCAGGAAAGAACAUCAUGCAAAAACCCUGCAAAGAAAAUGACGGAAAGCCCAAGUGCAGAGUACCAAAGAGGGAGGAAGAACGUCCCUAUGGAGAAUUUGAACGCCAGCAAACGGAAGGGAAUUUUAGACAGAGGCUGCUUCAAUCUCUUGAAGAAUUUAAGGAGGAUAUAGAUUAUAGGCAUUUUAAGGAUGAAGAAAUGACAAGAGAGGCAGAUGAGAUGGAAAGGUGCUUGGAAGAGAUAAGAGGUCUGAGAAAGAAAUUCAGGGCUCUGCAUUCUAACCAUAGGCAUUCUGGAGACCGCCCUUACCCCAUUUAACAUUCUCCCCUGAAACAGUUCUUUUCUGUUAUUAACAUUGCCACUGCUUUCUUUCUGUCUGCGUUUUCUUGCUAGGUAUUUCCUGUCAUUUUGUUCUGAUCCUUCAGUGCUGCUUAAUUUACAUAUGACUCUUCUCAACAUCUCAUCUUUUGACCCAACCCCAUUUAAUAAGGAGUCUCAUUUGCAUAGGAAGAUGCACAUUGUAUAGUGUAAAGUGAAGAGAUGUUGCAUAUAUAUAUAUAUAUGUGUGUGUAUAUAUAUGCCAUAUAUGUAUAUUUAUAUGUGACAAUGCAAAGCAAAAAAUCUCAUUCAUUUGCAUGGGAUUAUUAUACACCAAAAGUGAACAGUGAAUCUGUGUGAUCAGUAUUUCAUUUCUUUUUUGCCUACCUGCAUCUUCUCAUUUUCUAAAAAAAA